CAUAUCGUCUGGCAAGCGGGGGAACCAGAAUUUUCCUCACAUUCAUGGGAGCGAUCUCUUUCAGUGCCAGACAGCACUGGAGAUAGGCUUGAGCUGUCAGAUCCAUGGUGGUACACGACAUUUCUCCCGUUUCAGAUCCUCGAUUUCCUCCUCAAUUUCAGUCUUUUAAGUCGAAGAGCUUGUUUUGAUCUCCAUUGCUGCCACAACAAAUUCUUUUUCGGCCAGUAUAUUAUGCUCCACGUUGCGGAGUUCAUCGAGAAUUUAAGAAGUCACUUCGUGAACGGCCGCGGGAGAACUAGCUCGUCAGUUGAUUCAGUAGUUCAUCGCCGGAUCGUAGGACGGCGACGCGGUUCCUGA